AUGAAACCGACUACAUUAACAUUGGUGGAUGCUAUUAUGAGAAGAAUGAUCCUCCAACAAAUUUUACGUAUCAUAUUUUACCAAAUUAGUUCGAAGCUAUUUGCAGUGGUGCUCAGUCCUAUCUCGUCAACUCAUAUCUCAGGUCAUAGGCGAUUGCCUGCAUUACCAGUGAAAUCAUCAUCUGCUGCGUUACUCUCAAGUUUGGGCCCAGUACCAGUGUCAACCUGCAUUUAUCCAGCUGCGUCACGAAUGGCACAUUUAGGCAACCAGUCAAAUAGUAAUGAGGAUCAUAGGAUAUGCUUUGGUACAGAUUCAGUUAUUGGAAGAUCGACUCUGCUCGAAGAUAGCUAUUAUGAAGAAGAUGGCCUUAAUGUGGACCAACGUAUCGUUAAAACAGGAAUGCAAAAUUAUCAUUAUGAAGAUUCAUCUGGAGUUUCAAGCUGUUAUAUAGGAUGCGAGCAUUUGAAUCCAACACAUCGGGUGCAUUCGACAUUUGUUCCUCGACAUGAUGAUGAAAUCCUUCUCGAAAUUGGCGAUGCAGUCCAUGUAGAAAGGGAAUGUGAGGAUCUUUGGUGCUAUGGGACGAAUUUGCGCACAGCUCAACAUGGUAUUUUUCCUUUAGCACAUGUUUGCGAAAUUGAUUUAGUCGGUGAAAUAUCUAUUGGUGUUCUUCCUUCAAAUGCGAAUCGCACUUUAGAAAAUGAAAGAGAUACAUUUUAUCUAACAAUGUUGGCUUCGAUAGAGGUUGCCCAUCAUAAAGGAAAUGAUGUAUUAAUACAAGCGAUAAAUAAGGUUUUAAACCUCUAUCAGAAUAAAGAAGAAGUUGUAGUGCCACAAACAGUAUUAAUGGAAGUCUCAUUUCGUGGAAUUCAUCUAAUUGACAAACGAAAAAAAAAUAUCUUUCAAUGCCCAAGUUUUGAUUUUUUCUACAGCUUGCAAAACAUUUCGUUCUGUGGCGCGCAUCCAAAACAGCUCAGAUAUUUCGGGUUCAUUACUAAGCAUCCUCUUCUUCCACGAUUUGCUUGUCACGUUUUCUUAUCCAGCGAAUCAACACAACCUAUCGUUGAAGCAAUUGGAAGAGCCUUCAAGCGAUCUUACGAUGAAUACAUGGCUUUCGCUCAUCCAACUGAAGAUAUAUAUCUUGAAUAG